AAUCCCAUUGGUUCCCGCGACCCCGCGCCUGCGCGCUGGCCGCCAGGACACAGCGAUGGCGGCUGCGGCGGUGGCGGCCCCCGAGGUCCUUCGGGAAUGUGGCUGCAAGGGCAUCCGGACCUGUCUAAUCUGCGAACGGCAACGCGGAGGUGACCCACCCUGGCAGCACUCCCCACAGAAAACGCAUCGUUUUGUUUACUACUCGGACACUGGCUGGGCUGUGGGGGCCGAGGAGUCUGACUUUGAAGGCUGGGCCUUCCCCUUCCCUGGUGUGACGCUGAUAGAGGACUUCGUCACCCAGGAGGAGGAAGCUGAGAUGGUGCAGCUUAUGGACCGGGAGCCUUGGAGGCUCUCACAGUCUGGACGGAGGAAGCAGGACUACGGUCCCAAAGUCAACUUUCGGAAACAAAAGCUCAAGACCACUGGCUUCCAAGGCCUCCCCAGCUUCAGCCGGGAGGUGGUGCGGAGAAUGGGCCUCUACCCCAUCCUGGAGGACUUCCGGCCCGUGGAGCAGUGUAACCUGGACUACUGCCCAGAGCGGGGCUCAGCCAUCGACCCCCACCUGGACGACACCUGGCUGUGGGGGGAGCGGCUGGUGAGCCUCAACCUCCUGUCUCCCACCGUGCUGUCCAUGUCCCGGGAGGCGCCCGGCAGCCUGCUGCUCUGCCUGGCCCCAUCCGGCUUCCCAGAAGCCUUGGUGGAAGGCGUGAUGGCCCCCAGCAGGUCCGUCCUGUGCCAGGAGGUGGAGGUGGCCGUGCCCUUACCCCGCCGCUCUCUGCUCGUGCUCACCGGGGCCGCACGGCACCAGUGGAAGCACGCCAUCCACCGCAGACACAUCGAGGCCCGCCGUGUGUGCGCCACCUUCAGGGAGCUGUCAGCUGAGUUCUGUGCUGGGGGGAGGCAGCAAGAGCUUGGGCAGGAGCUCCUGCAAAUCUCCCUCUCCUUUCAGGGGAAGCCCUUGUGAGCUGCCUCCCCGGGAACGGCAGGUGGCGCCAGGCCCGGCCUGGGGUGCCGGCCUGGAGUCGACUCUUUGUCAGGAUCGAAGUGGGGAGCCCGGCACAAGGGUCUCCCUUCACAGCUCAUCAGGUGUUCGGAGAAGACUGCUGGCCCCCGGCGCAGGGCAGUGCAAGCCCUGCUGGGAACUGUUUUGAUGGGCAUGUGCCUCGGGUCAGCCCCUUGGAGCCACACCAUGGCCACUCAUUUGGGUUAAUUUGUCACAGUUUGAGGGAAGUGGCAUAAUUUGAGUUUAAAAAAUAUCGGCAUCACUUAAAGCCAUUUUCUCCUUUAUCCAUCUCUCUCAGGAGGUUUCCUGAUACCCCUCUGUGAAGCACCUCCAUCUGGGUAGCGUGUGGGAUUGGAGAAUGGAAUUGGUAGAAGAUUUGAACUUAUUACUGUUCCAAGUUUCAGAGCUGGUGACAGCUUCUGAGUCAGACUCUGCCUGGGUUAUACUUAAUCCAACCUUGGGGCGCAGGAUGCAGUGAGGACAGGGAAAUCCGAGAGUCUGAUGCACACACAGCCCACCCCACCCCUGCCCCACACAAUGGUGUUAAAAAGUGAGGGGGGAAUUCUCUUCAGCUCCCAGGACAGCACGAGGUGGUGCUGCGUGCGGCGCUCACCUGUGUGGGUGGCCGCACCUGUGCAUCUGCGGCCAGGUGUGCAGGCCGUGGAAGUAGAGGGGAUGGCAGCGUUCCCUGGGCCUGCAGGGCCGGCCCUCUCCUGCUGCUUACGUGACCAAGUACUCUGUUCACCCGCCACAUGCUGAGAGCCAAACUUGAGUGACCAGUGCUCCGUCACAGCCUGGAAAGUUCAUGGUCAGCACUAGUCUUAAUAAUCACUCUGGGACUCUAAGAGCUGGGAGGUUGGGGGCUAAGAGCUGGGAGGUUGGGGGAGCCACAGGCCACUGCACUGCCGGUGAAGUCGCAUCCAGGUGCUGAGCCACUGGCUUGGACAGGAGAACACUGGGAAGACCCAAUGGAGAGGCUGCUGGAGCCUUUAGUGACUGCCUGAGCCCAGCUGCUGGGUGGGGACUGGUGGGCUCCCAGAUGCCUUAAGUGCCACUGAGUCAGCUCCCUUGGAGUAGGAGGGUGGAGGACAGGUUCUUCCCAGGUCUUGUAACCUCCACACAAGCCCUGAGAGACCCUGCUCUGGGUCCUUAAUACCAGGCAUUCUUCCAGCCAGUCCUGUUGCACCUGAGCAGCUACAGACGUGCAGGUGUGGUGAUCCGCUCCACAGGGUGCAGUGGGGGCUGGGCCCUAGAGCAGCUCACCCCUGGGUGGGGCCUGCAAGAUGCUCAGCCAGUAAAGGUGGGAAUGGGUGUUCAGGAAAUGCUGUACCCCAAGAUCUGUCUGGGAGACCUGUUAAGGCUGGGGAAUCACUCACAGAGAAGCUGCUUCUCCUGGAAUCUCCUAGUGCUGGUCAGGUGUUUGAUUUCUGGCCUUUCCCAUAAUCCUACAGGGCACAUGCUAGAGAAUGCUCUCUCACUAGUACAGUUGGUGAUCCCGGGCCCAGUUGUCCUUGAAGCUGCUGCAUGAAGAAGGUCAGGCUCCAGGUGGCCAGUGUCUCACUUCAGCUACCCGCUAGGAUGGGGCUGGGGAGUCUCCUCCAGAGCCGCUCCUAGGCACCACUGCAGCCACUGCCUGGGGUACAGUGUCUGCCUCACACCCGUACUUCAGGGAGCAGUUCCUGCUCUCCUUACACGCCAGACGUCUGUGGUGCCGACUGCUUGGUCUGUGCCAGUGCUCUCGGGCCUCAGACUAGAAGACAGGAGCCUGUGGGAACGUGCUGACAGAAGCAUCCUCUUCCCGAGCAAGUUGGGGGGACUCUGCUGGCGUUCCCCAGCCCGCCCAGCUUUGGAAAGAUGUUGAGGAAGUCUGGGGCCAGUUAGUUGUUCACAGGGUUGGUGAGGCCGAAGCUGGUGUAAUGGGCUGAGCUCAGUCCAGGGAGGACCCUCUGGGUUAAUUCUGCCGAGAUGUGCAGAAACUGCCUGUGCUGUGUCCCCAGCACCUCGGGGAAGCAGGGGCGGGAAAGGGUUCAGCAUGUUCUAAAGGGGCCUAAAGAGUAAGCUCAGUCCCGUCCCACUUCACUCUGCUGGGCCCUCCCCCUCAACCUAGGAGCAUGAGUCAGAAUGAGUCCUCAGCAGGUCAGCUGGGUGGUAAGUGGGCCUGGCCACUGUAGGUUUGCUAGACGAACUGGAGAAUCGGUCCACGGAGCCAGUUUGCUGGCCUGGCACUCUGUGCUGAGCCCAGGCCCUUGGUGCCUCUAGGGUCUGGGGAGUCCCCUCUGGGCUGUAGAGGCAGUCAGGCCCCUCCCUGUAUUGGCAGAACUAUUCCAUGUAGUGGUGCCGGCUGCUUUGCACACCUAAUUCCUAGGGGCGUCCAGGUUGAAGUGCCAGAAAAUUACUAAUGGAUAGAAACUCCUAGAAGGGGGCUUUAGUGGGCAGCUGUUACAAAACAGCUCUGGGAGUUUCCUCCUGAGUGCCAGGGCAACGAGAGGGACCUGCAUUACCGCCACCCAGCUGGACACUGGCCUCUCCAGAGCUCCAGGUUCCUGGGGUUGGAGGGAGCCCAGUGGGGCCAGAGCUUCCAUGGCUCAGCUCUGCUCCUGGAGGACCACGAGUUGCCUGUCCAGGCGGCCCUGUCGGCACUUGGCUGUACUAGGCGCCGCCCCUUGCUGUGGCUCUGGAAAGGGGAGCCCUGCUUGGGAAGAAAAGCUGCAGGAAGGGGACUCCCAUUUGUCAGGUGCCUCGUGGCAUGUGUGGACCCUAGUGCCCUGCCCGAGAAGUCCUUCACCCGGGAAGCCUGUUAGGACACUGACAGGUGACCAAAAUUAGGAGGAGGCAGGAGGAACUUAACCCAGGAUGCAGCAGACACCGGGGAAGGAACAGGGACUACCCACAGCAUUCCACCAAGGACAGAGUUCAUUUAUUCAAUCCAGACCAACUUUUAGAAACCUGUACACAGGACAGUGGUUCCGCACCCCGUACAUGGUCUGCACAGUGUCAUGCAUAACGAACUGACGAGCACGAGACGGGUGAGACUGCAGGUGAACCUCCUCCACCCGGGCUCCGCGGCUUCAUCCCCGAGACCUUCCUGGAAGACAUGGACUACCUUCUGCCCUCACCGUCUCUAAAAUGGAAGCACUUGAGUUUUGGAGCUUCUGGUCAGUACUGAAGGGAGACUGCGCCCCACUCUGGAAUGGGCCCCCAGUCCUUGCAGGCAGUCGUUGGGAGCACCAGAAGGUCUGUUCAGAGGGAAUCGGGCAAGGCCACACCAGCCCCUGGGUGGCCCUCAGCACCUCGCCACAGAACGGCCGCCGUACCAGAACACUCGCAGUCACAUUAAACUUCCCAAAUCCACAUUUCUAGCCUGUCAUUUGCCAGCCCCUUCCCCACACUGCCCAGCUGAGCUGUUGUUCCUGCAGCUCCAACAGAAAUUCUCUGGAAGGCUGGAGCGGGAAAGCACUCUGGAUGAGAGAAUGAGGAAUUAC